AGAGGUUGCCCCUACAAAUCCCACGGGCUGCUGUGGGCCACGGUAUCUUUGGGUGGUGCAGCGCUGAGGUGACCUGCAGCAGAGGAGCCCUUGUGACCAGCAACCAUGACGGACCAGCAGGCUGAAGCCCGGUCCUACCUCAGCGAGGAGAUGAUCGCUGAGUUCAAGGCCGCCUUUGACAUGUUUGAUGCUGAUGGUGGUGGAGACAUCAGCGUCAAGGAGUUGGGGACAGUCAUGAGGAUGCUGGGCCAGACCCCCACCAAAGAGGAGCUGGACGCCAUCAUUGAGGAGGUGGAUGAGGAUGGCAGUGGUACCAUUGACUUCGAGGAGUUCUUGGUCAUGAUGGUGCGCCAGAUGAAAGAGGAUGCAAAGGGGAAGAGUGAAGAAGAGCUGGCUGAGUGCUUCCGCAUCUUCGACAGGAAUGCAGAUGGCUACAUUGAUGCAGAGGAGCUGGCUGAGAUAUUCAGGGCCUCUGGGGAGCACGUGACGGACGAGGAGAUCGAAUCUCUCAUGAAGGAUGGCGACAAGAACAAUGAUGGCCGCAUUGACUUCGAUGAGUUCCUGAAGAUGAUGGAGGGCGUGCAGUAAGGAGCGGACUCUGGCCUCCACCGGACUCUCGGACUCUCGGCGUCUCCCUGCCUGGCCCAGCUCCCCACCGCAAGCCCAGCGCGUCCCACUCUCCACCCGAGAGCGACGAGGUUCUGUGUCUCGAAGGAAUAAAAGCCAACAUUGCAAA